AUGAAUAUAUUAUUAGCAUUUUUUCUUUCGUUAAGCUUAAGGUUUACAGUAUCGACGUCGAUUGCGCGGGGAGAAUAUGGUGAAAUUAAAUUAUUCCAAUCACCGGCGACGUACAGCGUGGAAAGUAUGGUCCUGUUGAACGAUGCGGGCAGGAAGGACAAGGAGGUCGGGUAUAAAGUCAACGCCAACCUAGACGUGCAAGCUGUAUGGGGCAUUGACUCAGAGUUCCUUUUAAAAUUUGAUCUACGUUACCCAAAACUUCUUGGAAAAGGAAAAUCAGUUACUGCUGAUUACCUUCCAAUUAAGUCCUUUUGGGAUUCAUAUCCCAACACUGAAUUCUUUGCAUACUGGAAACAUGGACUUAUUGCAGAGGCAUAUUUGGACCCUGAAGAAUUACCAGAUGUAUUGAAUUACAAAAAAUCCUUGAUUAGCUUGUUCCAGCUUCAAAUAAUAGAUGGAGAACAUAAUGAAACUGACAUAUCGGGCAUAUGUGAUGUUGUCUAUGAUUCUAUCUCAAUGCAAGUUAUCAGGAAGACUAAGAGACAGUGUCGAGCUGUUGGGGCAGUUGACGGGAAUACAGAAGACGAAGUGGUUACAUCUCGGCGUCUGACGCGCUACACGCUGAGCGAGAAGCUGGACGGGCUGGAGGAAGUGCAUGCGGAGGAGGUGCACACAGCAGGCUUCCAGAACAUGGAGGCGCUGGUGAAGGCUCGCGCCUGGCUGCGCCUGCGUCGCUCCGGCGCGCCCGCGCCCGCCUCCUUCCCCUCUCUCCCCUCCCUCGCCGCCGCACUUGCCGAGUUGCCAGCUAAACUCAAACCGUUGCCGCUACCUAUGGUUAUCGCUGAUGAACCUCUAGACGAAGAAGAGAAGUUGGAGGAGGUGCUGGAGGAGGCGAUCCGCGGCGGCGAGGACGAGGAGGCGGGUGGCGGCGGCACAGCGCGGGCCGCGGCGGCCGGCCUGCGCGCGCUGCGAGCGCUGCGCAGCGCGCCCGCGCACCGCCUGGCCGCAGCGCUGCGCGCACAGCACGCCGACGCACUGGUGGCGCUGUGCCGGCUGCUGGGCGCGGCGGGCGCGGCGGGCGCGCACGAGGCGGCGGCGCUCGAGCUGUCGCUGAACGCGCACGAGCACGAGCACGAGCAAGAGCACGAGCACGAACACGAUCGCGAUCACGAGCACGUGCACGCGCACGCUCGCCACUACCUGAACGCGUUGGCGCUGGCACAUCAGCCCGAUGAGGAGGUGGUGGAGGCGGUGGCGCGCGCGGGAGUGGAGGGGCGGGCGCGCGCGCUGCGCGAGGCGGCGCUGCUGGCGGCCGCGGCGGCUGCUGCCUCUGCGGCAGACUCCAAGCAGCCGCGCCUCGCCCUCGCGCUGCGCGACACGCUCGCACAAGCACUCGCACGCUGUAAGGAGGAGUCAUGUCGCGGCGUGGCGGUGCGCGCGCUGGGUAACCUGCGGCGCGCCGACACGGCCGAGCUGCUGCUGGCGCAGGCCGAGGCGCGCGGCGCGCCGGCCGUGGCGCUGGGCGCGCUGCAGGCGCUGGGCGCGCUGCCGGCCGCCGCGCUGGGCCCCGCGCGCCAGCGCCGCCUGGCCGCGCUGGCGGCGCGCCGCGGCCCGCUGGCCGUGCGUGCCGCAGCGCUGGACCUGCUGCUGGUGCGCGCGGCGCCGCUGCCGCCGCCGCUGGCGCUGGCGCGGCUGGCGCGCGAGCUGCAGGCGCACGCGCCGCACGAGCUGCGCCGCCUGUUCUGGCAGCGCGCGCGCCAGCUGGCCGCCGACCACCGCCCGCUCCACGACGUGCUGCACAUGCUCGCACCCGACCUGCGCGGCUGGGACGCACUGGCGCAACCAGGCACGUCGUCGGUGCUGGUGCGGUCGCUGGGGCGCAUGGGGCCGGGAAGUGCGCGGCUGGAGUCGCUGCAGCUGGCGCGCGGCGGCAUGCUGCAGCGCGGCAGCGUGCGCCUGCUGCUGGACGACGUGCCCGUGCCCGCGCCGCUGCUCGCAAUUGAGUUGUGGACGAAGGGACUGGAGUCGCUUGCGGGCGGUGAGGCAACGGUAGAUGAGGGUGAGGAGGGGGACGAAGAGGAGGGCAGCGAGGCGGAGGACAUGGCUGCCGGGCUGGCGCUCACCGUGGCCGGUGCGCGACUUCCCGCAAUCACGCUAUUCAACGGACAGGCGGAGCUGCUGGGGCACGUGUGGGCGGGCACGGGCAGCACGGCCACGCCGGUGCUGCGCGCGCUGCUGCCGCUGGGCGAGCGUGCUGCCGCCGUGCCGCUGCUGGGCGCCGCGCCGCUGCGCGUCCGCGCCGGCGCAGCGCUCUCGCUCGCACUCGACGCGCAGGCGCAGGUGUCGAUGUGGUCGCGCACGGCGCUCGCGGAGCUGGCGCUGCGGCUGGGCGCGGCGGGCGACGUGCGGGCGGCGGUGCGGGGGGCGGCGCGGGGAGCGGGCUACGAGCUGACGGCGCGCGCGCAGUACUCGGCCGAGCCGCGCCUGCACGUGCGCGUGCACGUGGACGCGCACCAGCCCGCCGCGCUCUGCGUGCGCCUGCACACCGACGACUACCACCGCUGGAGCAACGUGACGCUGAGCAGCUCGCUGGGCGACGGGGCGCGCGGCGUGCGGCGUGCGCGAGCCGUGCGCGUGGCGCAGCCCGGCCGCACGCUGGCGCUCGGCGCGCGCAACGACGCCGCCUGCCGCGCGCUCUAG